AACGUUACGGGUCGCUGGCGGUGUUGGGCUUGGUGUUAGAAGUCUUGACAAAGCUGAGAGGUCGGAGAGACAACACUGCGAAACCCCGGAGAAAAAGCCAUUGGCUUCGGGGGAAAGCACUCGGACGCCGGGAGAAAGACGGCUUUCUCACACCGGGUGGGGGGUGUCAUAGUCCGGGCCGAGCGUUGGGGCAGUGAGUAGAAAAGAAGGGAGCGCAACGACGAGAAAGGCGGGGAGGACCCACCAGCUACCGGCAUGGCCAGGGACUACGAUUACCUCUUUAAGCUGCUCAUCAUCGGCGACAGUGGGGUGGGGAAAAGCAGCCUGCUCCUGCGCUUUGCAGACAAUACAUUUUCAGGUAGCUACAUCACCACGAUCGGGGUGGACUUUAAGAUCCGCACGGUGGAGAUCAACGGCGAGAAGGUGAAGCUGCAGAUCUGGGACACUGCGGGACAGGAACGCUUCCGCACCAUCACGUCAACGUACUACCGGGGAACUCAUGGUGUGAUUGUGGUGUACGAUGUCACAAGCGCAGAGUCCUUUGUUAAUGUUAAACGGUGGCUGCACGAAAUCAACCAGAACUGUGAUGAUGUGUGUCGAAUAUUAGUGGGGAAUAAGAACGAUGAUCCGAGCUCUAAGGUGGUGGAGACGAAUGAUGCGCAGAAGUUUGCAGAGCAGAUGGGGAUCAGGCUUUUCGAGACCAGCGCCAAGGAGAACCUCAACGUGGAGGACAUGUUUAACUGCAUCACUGAGCUGGUUCUGAAGGCCCGGAAAGAGGUUCUGGCCAAGCAGCAGCAGCAGCAGCAGAACGACGUGGUCAAGCUCACCAAGAACAGCAAACGGAAGAAAAAGUGCUGCUAACGCGGACAAAGAAAAGGACUGCGAAAAAAAGGACCUUUUGAAUAUUAAUUAGCUGCCAAUCAGGAUUACUUCAACCCAGCAGCCAUCAUGGAAUCCACACUCACCUGUUCUGCCAGUCACACAGGGACAAAAACAGAUGUCGCCUCAAAAACUUUUUUUUUUUAAUUGAGUUUUAUUCAUUUUUUUUCUACUAACAACUACACCACUCUAUAAUGCUAUGUGAGGGUAAGAUAACCCUGACGACAUGUUUCAGAGGGUCGUGCUGAGUUCUUAGUUUGGAAUCCACUGAUAUACUGGACCGGUGCUGCCGGACCCCCGCUGUGUUCUGGGAUGUGGGACGCUGCGGGUUCUGGACUGUGUGUUCUUCGGCCCAUGUUCCAGACACCCGCUCCCGCUCAGGGUUCUGUUGGAUGGUUCUGGCCGCGGGGGACUGUUCUCAGCCUGCUUUGCCUGAGUGGCCUCAUCAUUCCAACCCAGCGGCAAACAGAGAAACUCUUGACAUCGCUGUGAGAUCACUCCUGUUCCUCCUGCUUUCUGACGUAAGCCAGCCACCUAGUUCAUAAUGCACAGCCAUAAUAAUGAAUUACUGUUUCUCCAGUUACAGCCGUCAUGUUGUGUAAUUUUACUGAGCGGGAGCGAAGGUCAUUAGUUCUGAGUUAAGUCUUAGUUUCACAGUUUUAACGUUCGAGUUGUCACAUGAGACCUGCUCCCCGUAUUAAAUCUUUCCUGGAAUCUCAGUCAUGUGACUCUGUCUUUUUUAGUCAAAAAAAAUAAAUAAAUAAACUUGAUCGGAUGUUGACUUACACGCAACAGAUGGCGACUACAGAGUUUAGAGCCCUUAGUGUAUUUGAACGCGUUGUGUGUAUCGUUGAACAAGGCUCGAGUGUUGCGUGUAGCCAGCCACUCCUCACAGUAACUGUCAGCUUGUGGGAACAAACAGCUAAAUGUGGGCUUAGUCUCUAGAGCCAAGGGGUGGUUUUUCCUGCGUGUGUACAUGUUUGGGUUUAUGGUGGCCAUGAAAUGAAAUUUUCCUUGAAAUGAAAUCCCACUUCCUCACACCAGUUCCUCCAUAGUCUGCAGAAGCGGCUGCCCUGCUGCCAUGCCAACCAGUAUCAUCCGCUGUGGGUAUCAUAUCACUUGAUAGGAAUCUGCUGUUAUUCCUGUGUGAAAGAACCUGUAGCUGGAAGGAUGUGCUUACAGAUACAGGGUGUUUUUUCAGCUUGUUUUAUUUGUGCCACUACAAUUACUCAGAAAAUGGUUUUGUUUUAGGGCCAAAAACAAUUGAAGAAUUGAUAAUUAAGCGUUGUUUAGGCAGCCUCCUAUUUAUUUAAUGGAGAUAUCAACAAAAAUAUGUUGAGUAUGUAUUGAAUUCUUCCUAGCACAAACACAUGUCCAGUGGCAUGUUUCAUUCAUACUGGAUUACAGCAGAUCAGUGGCCGAGAUGUCAAAUCUAGCUCAGUUUACAGCUCAGUCAAACCUGACCAGUUGAAAGCAGUUAAAAUAAAACCAGUGUGCCCCAAGAUCAUGGUUGAGAAGCUGCCCUGCCAGUUCCUGUCAGACUUUGGUUGGAUGUUUCAGGAGAGACCAUUUGGGUGAAAGAGCAGGGGUGGUUUGAGAGAAAAUUAUUGGUUGGUUCGCUCCAGGUGUGAAGCUUGGGAAGCCUUGACAUCAUGCUAACCAGACAGAAAGAAGAAAAA